AACAACUCGCACAAGACUCUCUCUCUCACCUUCUCUGUUGAACCAACUACAACAACUAACAGCCAAAAUGUUUCUUUGAGCUUUCGAUUCAUUCACUCCUUUGGAGCAAAUCUCAUGCUCCACACAAAUACCCCUUCAUUCUUCUCCCAUUUUCUCAAUUCUCAAGAGUAAUGUGGUAUUUCAUGCAUGAUUCGGCUUUCAUCUCUCAACUUCAUAAACAACAACAUUGAAAUGCCAUUUCUUUCCUUUUGUCAGACAAGGGCCAUUCAGCUAUAGUUUUUAUCAGUUAGAAAUGGAUUUAGAAGAGAAGUUCCUUGCUAAAGAGUACACCUGAAAUUUGAGUUUGGGAAAGAUGAAUUGGUGAUUUUAAAAGUCUUACUGCCUCAUUUCUGGUGUUCAAAGCUUUUCUUCCAGUGUGCAGAGUACUCCAGAAAAAAAUGGCCAUUCCGAUGAUGCUUCAAGAUGUUCAGAACUCCUUCAGGAGUUUAUGAAAUAUGGUCCAAAGAAGGAACUUCUUCAAACGUGCUUUGAUAAGGACAAAAAGAACAUGUCUUCAAAAACCAGGACGACUGAAGCUAAGCCAUCUGGUAAGAUAAUUAAAAAACAAGACACAAAAAAGGUAUCUAGUCUUAGUCGUCAGCCCUCAAAAAAGCAAAAUCGCAAGGGCGAAAACCCCAUCCGACUCAUACCUCCUCCUGACCAGGCUUCUGAUUUUGGACAUCCGAACACAUGGAUCUGUAAAAAUGCUGCUUGUAGGGCGGUUCUAUCAAUGGAUGACACAUUUUGUAGACGGUGUUCUUGUUGUAUCUGUCAUCUUUUUGAUGAUAACAAGGAUCCUAGUCUUUGGUUAGUAUGCACAUCUGAAUCUACUCAAGGGGACUCCUGUGGGUUAUCUUGCCAUAUUGAAUGUGCCCUUCAACAUGAAAAAGUGGGAGUGAUUGAUCAUGGGCAACUGAUGCAACUAGAUGGUGGUUAUUGUUGUGCGUCCUGUGGUAAAGUUACUGGGAUACUUGGAUGCUGGAAGAAACAGCUAAGUAUAGCAAAAGAAGCCCGACGCAUAGAUGUACUCUGUUAUAGGAUAUAUUUGAGCUACAGGCUUCUGGAUGGAACUUCAAAGUUUAAAGACCUGCAUCAAAUGGUACAGGAGGCGAAGGCUAAACUGGAGACAGAAGUUGGUCCUGUUGACGGGGUUUCUACCAAAAUGGCGCGAGGCAUUGUCAGUAGACUCCCUAUUUCCAGUGAUGUGCAGAGACUUUGCACUCUUGCUAUUGAGAAAGCUGAUAGCUGGCUGGCCACUCUUCCCAAUUUAAAUCCAGGUUCCAUAGAGGGUUCACUUCCUGCUGCUUGCAAGUUUGUUUUUGAAGAGGUAACAGCUUCCUCUGUCAAAAUCAUUUUGAUUGAAAUGUCAAAUAUGUGUUCCGAGGACAUUAAGGGGUACAAGCUCUGGUAUUACAAGUGUCGAGAAGAACCAGACUCAAAGGAUCCUGUUUCUGUGUUUCCCAAAUCUCAGAGGAGGAUUUUGAUAUCUGACCUUCAACCUUGCACAGAAUAUACUUUUCGGAUUAUGUCCUACACUGACCUGGGUGACCUGGGUCAUUCUGAGGCUAAGUGUUUCACUAAGAGCAUCAACAUAAUUCAAAACAAUCCCUCUAAGUCUGUUGCUAUGAAUCAUAAAAAACAGAACCUUCAAACUGGGUGCCAUCCUUCUGGCUCCAAGAUGGAGCUCAAUCCCACAAUGACAGAUAUUGGAUUUAAGGUUCGAGACCUUGGAAAUUUUUUGCGUCUUGCUUGGGCUCAAGAACGUAGUUACUCUGAGGAGUUCUGUUGUGCUGAUAUGAAAAAUUGCUGUGGACAAAGUGAAAUGAACAAGCCCAAAAUUCCAGAAACUUGUUUGCCUUCAGAUUCUCUAUGCCUCGAUUUGAAUGUUGUUUCAGUCCCUGAUUUGAAUGAAGACCUAACACCUCCUUUUGAGUCUUCUAGGGAUGAAGGUAAUGGUUGCACUUUACUGCAGGCUGUUGAGGCAGAUGAUGAUGCUGCUUCUCAUGAUCUAGAGAAAAAUGAUUUAGCAAGAUCACAUGGGAGUGGUGACUCUCAAACUUGGGUUCAUCCGCCAAGAGAAGUGUCAGCUGUUGACUCUCGUGUAAAAGUAGGCAGGAAAAGGGCUGCGAGCACAAAUGAAGAGGCUCAUGAUUGUGAUAGCACUUUGAUAAAUGGUUCUCCUUUACGUAUGCCUGAUGGUUUGCGUCCGUUGGAUGAAAACUUUGAGUAUUGUGUGAAAGUAAUCCGUUGGCUAGAGUGCGAGGGCCACAUCAAACAGGAGUUUAGGUUGAAAUUGUUAACAUGGUUUAGUUUGAGAUCGACAGAACAGGAACGCAGGGUGGUAAAUACCUUCAUUCAAACUCUUAUGGAUGAUCCAAGUAGUUUGGCAGGGCAACUGGUUGACUCUUUCUCUGAUAUUGUAUCCAGCAAGAGACCAAAAAAUGGAUUCAGUAGUAAAGCUGGGGCAUCAAAUUAAGGGUGAUCCCGUGUCUUAAGUUUGUUAAUUAUCAUUCACCCUUUUGUGUGAUGAGAAAUCACCCUCUGAUUUUUUUUUUUGCCUUCCCUGUACAGGCAUUUUAAAAAGAAAAUUAAUCACCCAUUGAAGGGAUUCAUUUUUAAUGCAUUGCAGACAGGUUUUGUCUUGCUAAAUGGAUUUGCAUUGAUGAUCGCAGCAAAAGUAACCCAUUUUUCCUGGGAGGAGGAUCAUUGGAUGAAAAGUUUCAGGAUGUAGAAGGCAUGGUGUUAUUUCGUUAAUUCCUGUAAUUAUUCAGCAUGAAUUUAUUCACCAAUGAUAUAUUAGCAUGGAGACCUUUUUUCACAACCUUUAUUUGAAAAGGCUACAUGAUAUAUUCGCUGAUUUUAUUCAUCACAAUUGUUCUUUUUUAAUCUUUCUUUUUCCCAACACUGAUGAGCGGACAAACGAAAAGGCUUGCUUCAACCUUAUUGUGGGCAAAGCAAUUCUGCUUCACUGCGUUUUACUAAGGAUGCAACCAGUGUUUAUUCACCCGAUAUACUCUUAGUAGGAUAUUGGAGAUCUCAAGGCAGCUCUGAAUAUGUUAUUUUCUGGUAAAUUUGAAUUCAAAUUACGGGUUGGGUCAUGCAUCAGACUCUGGAUGCCUGUACUCAACAGUUACAUGUUUGGAACCAUGGUGAGGAAGCAACAAAUGCCACUCAAAAGCUGAGAGCUUUUGCGGAUAUUGGGACACGUAUCAUUGUAGAAACAAUUACAGAGCAACGAUAGGUUGGACAUAAUGUCAUACAUUCGCAUUUGAGUUCUGACUGCCUGAGAAUUUAUAAUAGUAUUUAUCAUUUAUUUUAUAAAAAAGAACCUUUGUAAAUCUUGCCAAAGUAGUAUGAAAAAGGAAUAUAUUCAACUGUUAUAUAUUUUUUUUU